CAAAAUCAGUGUGAAAAGGAGAGAGAGAGAACACAGGAAUUGGGAACUUUCAUCUUUUUGAACAAAAACAAAAGAGCAGCAAAAUCUAAAUUUAGUUUGAGCAGCAAGCAAAAAUAUAAGUAUAAAUCCCUGAUCACACAACACAAAUGCGGAGAUUCGUGAUUGGUCAAGCCAAAAAGCUCGCAGAUCAGACUCGUCGUCGUCAUCACCACAAAAAUCUCACCUUUCUCUCUCAUCUUCCUCCUCUUCCACCUUUUUCUGCUCCUUCCGCUUCUUCAUCGCGUCUCUUGUCUUCUUCUUCUUUUUCCGAUAUGUCUGCUUCCGAUUCAUCUUCUUCUCUCCCAGUUACUCUUGACACCAUCAAUCCCAAGGUUCUCAAGUGUGAGUAUGCUGUCCGUGGAGAAAUUGUCAACAUUGCUCAGAAAUUACAAGAAGAUUUGAAGAUUAACAAGGACGCUUAUCCCUUUGAUGAGAUAAUCUACUGUAAUAUCGGGAAUCCUCAGUCUCUUGGUCAGCAGCCUAUAACAUUCUUCAGAGAGGUUCUUGCACUGUGUUCACACACAGCCCUGUUGGACGAGAGUGCAACACAUGGUUUGUUCAGUUCUGAUUCAAUUGAGCGGGCUUGGAAGAUCCUGGACCAAAUUCCCGGGAAAGCGACUGGUGCUUACAGCCACAGCCAGGGUAUCAAGGGAUUACGUGAUGCAGUUGCUGCUGGAAUGGAAGCCCGUGAUGGUUUCCCUGCUGAUCCUAAUGAUAUUUUCAUGACAGAUGGCGCAAGCCCAGGGGUUCAUAUGAUGAUGCAACUUCUCAUAAGUUCAGAGAAAGAUGGAAUCCUUUGCCCUAUUCCUCAGUACCCAUUGUACUCAGCAUCGAUUGCCCUUCACGGUGGAACUUUGGUUCCAUACUACCUUGACGAAGCAUCAGGAUGGGGUCUUGAAAUAUCUGAGCUAAAGAAGCAACUUGAAGAUGCUAGGUCAAAAGGCAUCACUGUGAGAGCUUUGGCUGUCAUCAACCCUGGAAACCCGACAGGGCAGGUUCUUUCGGAAGAAAACCAACGUGACGUUGUUAAUUUCUGCAAGCAAGAGGGUUUAGUUCUUCUAGCGGACGAGGUUUAUCAAGAAAAUGUUUACGUCCCUGACAAGAAAUUUCAUUCCUUCAAGAAAGUAGCCCGGUCUAUGGGCUAUGGUGAGAAGGAUCUUGCCUUAGUCUCAUUCCAGUCUAUCUCCAAAGGAUACCAUGGAGAGUGUGGGAAGAGAGGUGGUUACAUGGAGGUUACUGGAUUUACUUCUGAUGUAAGAGAGCAGAUCUACAAAGUUGCUUCUGUGAAUCUUUGUUCCAACAUCGGUGGUCAAAUUCUUGCUAGCCUCAUCAUGAGCCCACCCAAGCCUGGUGAUGAUUCCUACGAAUCAUACAUCGCAGAGAAGGAUGGAAUUCUCUCGUCUUUAGCAAAACGUGCAAAGACUCUUGAAGAGGCUCUAAACAAGCUAGAGGGCGUUACAUGCAAUAGAGCAGAAGGAGCUAUGUAUCUAUUCCCUUGCCUUAACCUUUCACAGAAAGCGAUUGCAGCUGCAGAGGCGGAAAAGACAGCACCAGACAACUUCUACUGCAAACGCCUUCUAAAAGCUACUGGAAUAGUUGUAGUCCCUGGUUCUGGCUUUAGACAGGUACCCGGAACAUGGCAUUUCAGGUGCACUAUACUUCCCCAAGAGGAUAAGAUUCCAGCGAUUGUUGACCGUCUAACUGCGUUCCACAAGAGCUUCAUGGAUGAGUUCCGCGACUAAGCAUUCUGUUUUGAAAAUCUCUCUAUAUAGAUAUAUGAUCAAUCUUGAGUAAUAAUAAGAAAAAUGUCACAUUCCGUUUCGUUUUCAUCGACAUUGUGUUUACAGAAGCUUAAGAUGUGAGAGCAUUAGUUAGUGCUCUUCUCUUCUUCUUGUUCACCUUAUGUUCUCUUCUUUUUAUAUUGCCUGAUAGUGAUAAACCAUAAUAUAUUAUUGAGAGAGCUUUUAUAAACAGU